AUGCAAGACCUCGAGUGGCUGGCGCGUGCCAUUGGCCACGGGCUAAGCCAACUCCACGCGGCCAACAUCAUGCACGGUGACUUGACCACCUCGAACCUGAUGCUUCCCUUCGUGCCGGCCGUGGCGGCCGGGGCCGUGGCGGCCGACGGAACCACCAUCACCCUUCCGGCCCUGACGUCCGAUGCUGACAUCGAUCAGGCCGGGCUGAGUUUCAUCGAUUUCGGCUUGAGUUUCUUCUCCCUCACCGAGGAGGACGCCGCGGUGGACCUCUAUGUGCUGGAGCGUGCCCUCACCUCGACGCAUCCGGCGUCUGAGGACUUUUUCCGCCGCAUCAUCCACUACUAUGAGCAGGGCCCCACCGAGAAUGAGGCCUUCGCCAAGAGCGCCCCCCGGUGGCCGGCCCGGGUGAAGCUCAUCCUCAAGCGCCUGUCUUUGGUGCAAGUGCGUGGCCGCAAGCGGAGUAUGCUCGGAUGA